CAAGGGGUAGUCACAGAAAAACAUAAACAAGACACGUCAGCAUCCCAUCACCAGCCAAAACAGUUUUUUCUUUCCCAUACAAACUGCUAUCUGUUUUUCUUUUCUUCAACCUUUUCCUCCACUCAUUUGUUUUCCAAACUUUUCCUUUGAUAUAAUCAAAGGAAAAGCGUCCACAAAUCCAUUACAUGCCACCCUUUCAAAACUAGCUGAAAAGAUCAGAACUCAGCUCACCACCAUCUCUUCCGCUCUCAAGCUAAGGAAAUGGCAGUUUGCACGGUAUACACUACGCAGUCCCUCAAUUCAACUUGCUCAAUCUCCACCCCAACAAAAACCCACUUGGGGUUUAACCAAAGACAUGUGGUGUUCUAUAGCACUAACAAGAAAACAACCAAGAGGGCUAGCAGUGCUGUGAUAACCUGCUCAGCUGACACACAAACUGUUGUGAUUGGCCUAGCAGCAGACUCUGGGUGUGGUAAGAGUACCUUCAUGAGGAGGUUAACAAGUGUUUUUGGAGGUGCAGCAGAGCCACCAAGAGGUGGCAAUCCUGACUCGAACACACUCAUAAGCGACACUACAACUGUAAUAUGUUUAGACGAUUAUCACUCACUUGAUAGGACUGGAAGGAAAGAGAAGGGUGUCACUGCGCUUGAUCCAAGAGCCAACAACUUUGAUCUCAUGUACGAGCAAGUAAAGGCUAUCAAAGAUGGGACUGCUGUUGAGAAACCAAUUUACAAUCAUGUUACAGGUCUCUUGGAUCCUCCUGAGCUUAUUAAGCCUCCUAAGAUUCUUGUCAUUGAAGGUUUGCAUCCAAUGUAUGACCAACGUGUGAGGGACCUCUUGGACUUCAGUAUCUACUUGGACAUUAGCAACGAGGUUAAAUUUGCAUGGAAAAUUCAGAGGGAUAUGGCUGAGCGAGGACACAGUCUUGAAAGCAUUAAAGCUAGUAUUGAAGCACGCAAGCCGGAUUUUGAUGCUUAUAUUGAUCCACAAAAGCAAUAUGCUGAUGCUGUCAUUGAAGUGCUGCCAACCCAACUCAUUCCGGACGACAACGAGGGGAAGGUUUUAAGAGUUAAGCUGAUCAUGAAAGAAGGGGUGGAAUUUUUCAGCCCUGUCUACUUGUUUGAUGAAGGCUCUUCUAUUUCAUGGAUCCCGUGUGGUAGGAAGCUCACCUGCUCUUACCCUGGCAUCAAAUUCUCCUAUGGGCCCGACGCUUACUACGGCCAUGAGGUGUCUGUACUGGAAAUGGAUGGGCAAUUUGACAGAUUAGAUGAGCUCAUCUAUGUCGAAAGCCAUCUAAGUAACAUCUCUACCAAGUUCUAUGGAGAAGUCACCCAGCAGAUGUUGAAGCAUGCUGAUUUCCCCGGCAGCAACAACGGAACAGGUCUCUUCCAAACAAUCGUCGGAUUGAAAAUAAGAGACCUCUUCGAGCAAAUUGUUGCCAGCAGGGCCAAAACCCCAGUUGAAGCCACAAAAGCCUAAUUUACAUAUUGAACAAGGCACUCAUUCUCAAAACCCUCUUUGAGUUUCUCUUUUUCAACGUCCUCUUGUGCUUCAGUUCAGUGAUAGGUCGGUCCUCAUAAGAAUGAGAUGUUGAGAACACUCUGUAUCUAUUUGGUGUUAUAUUUCUAUGGAGAUCUGUAUAAUAUAGAGAAUCAAAAACAGAUGAAAUUCAUUUCAGAAACUUCAUAGAAGAUCAGAACCUUUUGGCA